AUGCGUUCUUUCUCUGCCGUCGCUGCCGCCCUUCUCUUCGCGGGCGCACAGGCCGCCCCCGCGGUCGAGAGCCGCCAGGUCAUUUACGGUUGCUAUUUCAACGGCGACGGCAUCGUCAACCAGUACGUCAGCGUCGGCCACGACAUCGAUGUCACCAGCCCCAGCGGCAAGACAUGGCACCUCGACUGCGGUACCACCUCGGUCCCCAUCAUCAAGGACGUCUUCGCCAAGUGCACCGUCAACAAUAAGCAGCCUGCAGGCAUCACCGGUGUCGAUAGCGCGAACAUCAACUGCCCCAUCGCUUGA